AUGAAGCGACAAGUGGCAACAGGGAGGAGAUUUUGGAUGAUAUUACUCAUCAUCGUUUCAAUAUUAUUGUUGUUGCUGUUCAUUCCAUACUUGGUGGUUCAAGAAGAAUCCGCAACCAUCAUGAUACAUGCUCAUGGCGGAGCAGAUCAUUCUCAUCAUCAUCAUUCCGAUCAUCAUCAUCAUGAAGAAGAAGAAGAUCAUUCUCAUCAUCAUAGAAAACUUUCAUCCAUUCAUUCUCCAACAACCACAACAACAUCAGUGAAAGGAACAGACUCUUCAAAGCCUUCUACUCUCUCUGUAUGGAUUUAUUCAUUGGCAAGCUCGUUUGGAGUCUCAUUGCUCUCUCUUAUUGGAGCAAGCCUUUUGUUUUAUGGAUGUUCAGGCAAUAACAACCGACAGCAUUCAUCCGUAUUAACAACACCAACAGGAAAGACCAACAAUACGGAAAGUAGAGAACAGGCAGAAACUAGUCCAUCGUUAUCAUCACCGACUGGGAACAAUUUACAAUUUAUUUUGAGCUGUGUGGCCAUUGGGUCAUUGUUGGGAGAUUGUUUUUUGCAUUUGAUUCCAAUUUUGUAUGCUUCGAGUCAUGACGAUGAAGAGGAGCAUGAUCAUCAUGGUUCACAUCAACACAGUCAUGGAAAUAACUCUUCAUCCUUUGUCAUAUUGUUGGCUUUUCUUGGAUGCUUACUGAUUGAAGUUUAUUUGAGAGUGAAACAACAAAGAGAGGAAAGAAAUGCUGAAUUUGCAAGAAGUCAACUCAAUUCUGAUGAAGAUGAUCAUCACAACGACCAUAAUAAUAUUGGAAAUCGAUCAAAAACUGUGUCACACCAUCAUCAUCACCAUCAUAUUAAGGCUGUGGGUUGGCUCAACUUGAUUGGAGAUGCAAUUCAUAACUUUAUGGAUGGAGCUGGUAUUGCAGGAGCAUUUCAAGUAUCAAUUCCCGUCGGAGUUGCAAAUGUUUUGUGCAUUUGCAUGCACGAGAUUCCACAAGAAUUAUCGGAUUAUGGCAUCUUAUUAAGCGCUGGAUUUAGUGUGAAGAAUGCACUAUUUUUCAAUUUCCUUAGUGGAGUACUAAGUGUGGUGGGAUGUAUUUUUGGACUUUUACUCACCUCAGAUCAUGGAUUUCAAUUUUUAUUUAUGAACAAGAACCAUUUGAUUGCCAUGAGUGCAGGUAGUUUUUUGUACAUUGCCACCUCAAUGAUUCCAAUCGUGUUGGAAGAACUCGUUCAAAGUGAUAGUCAGAACAUUAACAACGAAGAAUUCAUCACCAGCUUGACCAUCACUCACCACCCAAGUGAUCCAGAAAGAAAAGGAAAAGAAUCUUAUCCAAAAUCUCAAUUCACUCGAAAGUUUAUCUAUGCCGUGAGUGGUGUUUUGGCAGGUUUCUUCAUUAUGCACCUCAUUGGUUCCUACGAAGAGUACGUGACAAAUGUUGUUUCCUCCAUGUACGGUGGAUAA